GGUAACAAGUCUUACCAUGACAAAUGUCAGUUUUGAAUUCAGUCCCUACUCUCUAAGACCAUAACAUUUUCUGCCACCAGGAGAAGCCUCACACACUGUCUUUUUACUGACUCAUAAACAGGUGAGACUGGAAGUUGUCAAAGUUAAAUGAAAAAGAAAGCAAAUCAGUCUGCAACCACUGCCUAUGUGACUGACUAAAAUACUUAUAUUACAUUUACUAAACUUGAUUUCUCAAUUUCAGCUUAUUUAAUACAGCUUGUUAAACACUUUCAACUAAAAAAAAAAUCAAUCAAAAUGCAGCUCAUUUUACAUUUUAAGGGCAGCAGGGUAAGCUAUGUUUCUAAGCUGAAUGAACUUGACAGGAUUUACAGUGUAUAUAGAAGAUACAGUAAAUAAAAGUGGAAACCCUCAUCUAUAUAUAUGUGUUUACAAGUAGCAUCUGAAGAAGAAGCUUCAUCACUUUCACCACAGCUUUAUGAGCAGUUAGUGAACAAACUCAUGCAUGACUGUGAAGAUUUCUGAACUUUCCACUGUGCUUUUCCUUUUAGAAAAUUCUGAGCAUAUUUGCGAGCACUACUUGGAAAAACAAGAAGGGGUUCUUUAUUACCAUUUUCACUGUGAAAGCACUUUACUUUUUCAGCUGUGAUAUUGUCAUUCCGUUGCCUUGGCCUUGCUGGUGAAUGAUGAUGUGUCUCCGGAGCAGCUGCCAUGAAAAAUGAAGGGAGGCUCCCAGCAUUAGGUGUGAUAUUGUAUGCUUCAUUUCAGCCUUUGUUAGGGUUCUAAUUUGUAAGAUCUGACUGCAGUGCUGCUUCCUGUUAAUGUCAGAUUAGGUGUGAGCUUUCUGGCACAUUCACUCAAUGCACAAUACAUCAUAUUUUCUCACAAUGAAGUGUAUCCAGGAAAAAGCAGUUCUGCCUCAUUGACUCGUUGAAUAUGAGAGAAGCAGUAAAGCAGGAUUCCAUCAUUUCCAGUCAGACGUUCACCUCUGUGCAUGUGUUUCGGUUUAUUCUUGGGAUCACAUGAAAUCUGGUCUACUGUGCCGCACUGUAUAAUUGGAAGUCUGAUCUUUUUUUAAACUGCGGACGGUGAAUUUGAGAGGAGCCACAAUUACAGAGAACAGCUGGAUCGACGAUUGUUCUGGAAUCAUCAGUUUGGAUUCAUCACCUUCUCGGAUGGAUUCACAGAGCUUCACAUAUUCAUUUGCGUUCUGUUUUCCAACCUUUCCAGCACUGUGUCACAUUCGAUUGUGUUUUAAUGAAUCAAAGAGUGGCUAGCUUGGACUCAAUAUGGACAGUGUGGAGUAAUAACAGCCAUGUGUUGACUCAGGGAGGCAUUAACAUGACCUAACUCCAGGGUGCAUUCAAAAACAGCUUUUCACUUUGUUAGAAUGUCUUUCUGUCAGAUCGUUUUAGGUUUGUUUUGCCAGCUUUCUGGUUUAGCCAACCCCUCCUCUCCUCCCUGACUCCGUCCCUCCACAACAGUCAUCUACUCCCCCGCUGUUAUUCCCUUUGACUGUCCAAAAGGAAUGUGGGUCCAGCUUGAAGGAUUCGUCAGAGGAGUUAUUGCAGAAACCUACACUCUUGGCUUGGAUUACUGCUAAGUGUAAAGGUCACUGUUACUGUUACCCCCCCCCCCCCCCUCCAGCAGACUCCCUACGCGUCACCGCAUUCCUGCUCGGGCUGAUUCUUAUCAAGUCUUUUGGUUAACAAUGCAGUGGGACCAGGGAAAGCUCAUUCCGCCAGCUCCUCAUGAGCCCUAAAACUGUGUCAAAGUUGUUAAAUCCUUAUGUGUGGCACCAAGACUAUUUCAAGAUCCUGGAAAGCUCAGAUGAAAAAAAAGAAGAAAGAAAACAAACUAUGUGCAGCAUGUAAUGGAAACACAAUCUCUUUGAGAAAUCUGCUCGUUGCUUUUACAGACUGUCCUUCUUGUCUGCUCCAGAUUUUUAUCAAGGUGCUUCACCUCUGCAGUCUGUGAAAGUGGCAGGCUUUAUAGCAUUAUUGAAACUGCGUCCCCGCCACAGGCCUCAGUAAUGUAGUCCAGAGGGUUGGCUCAUCACCAAGUCUUAACAGAGUAAGAAUACUCCCCCCUCUUGAGUGUUAUUCUUGCCUUGGUGGAUUGCGGGGGCAAACAGACAUUCUCUAACUUGGAUGUUAUGGAGCCCAAGGAGCUCCUGGGGUUUAGGGAAACACGGUAACAGGACAGAGAUCAUUAGAUUUUAUCACACUUUAUUCUAGGACCUCUUUUUUAGCUAUGUGUUUUGUUUCAACUGCAUGAGUAAAGUUAAUGAUUUUACAGCAAAAAACAUUCGGUUUGGUUAAUUAGAGGUCUGGCUUGCUGUGGAAUGUAAAGAUUUAUGACCCUGCUUGUUGAGGGCCUCAGGCGUUGCCUCUACCUGUGCUCCCCAGAUAAUGAUCAACCAGACACAGAAUGGACUUAGAAGCCAUUAAUAGAGUUAAUGUCCAUCCGCCAAAUUUCAAGCUUCUUCAAUUGCAAUCAUGAGAAGAGGUGGAGCAGCUGCUGUAAAAAGAUCUAUGAACUAUUAACAUCUGAUUCUACAGCCCUCUGCUCUUUGCUCCUAGAUGCCCCUCUCUUCUACUGACGCCUGGGUUAUUCUAGAGGAAACAUCUGGCUCUAAUUAAAGCCUUUCUCCUCCCCGCUCACGUCAUCCCCCCUCGUGGCUCUUUCUCGCCACUGUUGUCCUCUCAGCAUCUUUGUCCGUCUCUUCAUCCGUUCUCGAACCCCCCUGCUCUUUCUGAUUCCUUCCUACUGAUCCACUCUCUCCGCCCAUCCCUAGCAAACCACCUCCUCCUCCUCCGUCUUUCACCUCUUGCCUCCUGUUACCAUCUCCCUCCUCUGCAACAGUCUGCAUUGCUUUCUGUGCACGCUGCAUCAUGACGCAUGUGGACUGGAUCUGGGGUCUCGUCUUGUUCCUGAGUCUGAGUUUAGGAUGGACGAAUGCUCAGCAGAUGAAUUUCACCAGGCCUGUGUUCUACUGUGGAGGUGACCUGGUGGCAGACUCAGGCUUUGUUGGCAGUGAAGGCUUCCCAAGCUUCUACAAACCCAACAGUAAAUGCACCUGGCGCAUCACCGUCCCAGAGGGAAAUGUGGUCACGCUCUCUUUCCGCAUUUUUGACCUGGAGGCUGACUCACAAUGUCGCUACGACUAUCUGGAUGUUUACAACGGCCAUUCCAACUUGGUGCAAAAACUGGGUCGCUUUUGUGGAACUUUCCGGCCCGGAGCUCUUAUUUCUACCACAAACACCAUGAUGCUGGAGAUGGUGACUGAUGGAGAGACGCAGAGCAGAGGAUUUGUGGCCUAUUUCAGCGGAACCAAGCCCUAUGUAGAUGACCAACAGUUCUGUGGGGGGAAGAUAACAAAAGCCCAAGGAGAGAUCAAGACGCCCAACUGGCCCGACAAGAAAUAUCCAGCAGGAGUCAGCUGCUCCUGGCUCAUCACUGUGGAGCCUGACAUGGUGAUCCAGGUGAAGUUUGAUAAGUUUGUCCUGGAGGCUGACACGUAUUGUCGGUUUGACUACGUUGCAUUCUUCAACGGUGGAGAGAAAGAUGAUUCACGUCUGAUUGGAAGAUUCUGCGGUGAUGAGACCCCACAACCCGUCAUCACCACUGGCAACGUGCUCCUGGUCCAGUUUGUGUCUGACCUCAGUGUGACAUCUGAUGGAUUCCUCGCACACUACAGCAGUGUCCCACGUGGCUCUCAGAUACCAGCAGUCAACUCCGGAGCUGGAACCAGGUUCAUUCCUUCAAAACCUGCAGUCAAACCUGCCACCACCAAACAGCCCCCUGUCACCACCACCAAAUAUGUGCCGCCUCCUCCCCCUAAACCCACAACCAGAGCCAGACCGGUGAAGCCCACGAGAGGCCGAGGACAGGCCACCCCAGACCAGGAGAGGAGGGUUCCCGUCACAAGACCCAAUGGAAAGAGGCCUGUUCCUCAGAAUCCACUGUGUGCCAAAGCCUGUAAAAGAGACGGAACCAUCAAGACAAGUUUCUGUGCCAGUGAAUUUGUGAUAACCGGCAAGGUGUCCUCUUUGGCCCCGGGGCCCCGAGGCACCCUUCACAUCAGCGUCUCCCUCAUAAAGGCCUACAAGCAGGGUCGCCUAACCAUCACGCAAGUAGGAGAAACCAUGUCGGUGAAGCUAGUGUCACAGUGCAAGAAGUGUCCAUUGCUCCGCAGAGGCAUCAACUACAUAAUCAUGGGCCAAGUGGAUGAGGAAGGACGUGGCACCCUGGAACCCGGCGCAUUCACAGCUCCAUACAAAGCUCCACACCACAAAUUACUAAUGAACAUCAACAACCAACCCUGUCCGAGCCAAAGGCAUUAAAUCCACAUUUCAAACACACAAAUACAGACAUUUUAAUGUGAAACACAGAUCUAUAAAAGCACUACUACACUAAAACAUAACUUCAGUUUUAUACACCAUUUUAAAGGAAUACAAACACAUCCUCCAAACCUUAUGUUUGUAAUUUAUGUAUGAAUAAAGGUUUUAUAUCUCU